AUGGACUUUGAAGAAAGGUUAGAAGAAGCUGAACAGUUAGAUGCCCCUAGUUUAGUGGGUUCUUCUUUACGAUCAGCCGAUGAUUCCAUCCAUAACAACUACAUUCAUCCUGAAAAGUAUCACUCCACUGCUAAGUCUAGUUCUAGUUCCAAGUUUAGUCAAUCAAUCAGUGCUUCAUUGGAUGAUUUGAUUAAUGAAGGUGCUCUUUUGGCCUCUGAAGAAGAUUUUGAUAAUUAUUUAGACACCGAUGGUUCUGUUAAGCCAGAUAUUAAGUUUGAACCAAUCGAGGAAAAAGCAGACGAGGAAAAUAGUGACGACAAAGAUGAAACAGAAAAAGUAAAACAACCAGAAACUAAGGAAACAGAUGAUGUGGAGGAAUCAAAUGAAUCAAAUACAGCAUCGGGCAUCCCAUCUUCUCCUGUACAAGUUAGUGAAGCUGUAACUGGAGCUGAACAAGAACCAACUUCUACAACCGGCAAUUCAUUAUAUGAGAAUGAAAACUAUUCUACUCCUAACUUGUCUGAAUAUCAAUUGGAAAAUGAAAUCAAAGACCACUCUCAAUUGUUGGAAAGCGUCAAAUCAUAUGACCACAAUAAAUUACCUCGUUCUGAAGCUAGUACACGUGAACAUUCAGCUGGGUUUUCACCAGCCGCCAAAAAGUCAAUUACUACUCCUCAAGCUGUACCUCAGCGUACUGAAGGCUUAGUUGCUGUUUCCAGAGAAGGAAUUCAUUCUCCAUUUUUUUACACUGACCGUCCAAGAUCAAGAUCAAGAUCAGCAAACCCACCUGGUUCCAGAUCUGGUAACAGAUCAAGCUCGAGAUCUUCCUCGUCUUUAAAACCCCAUUUAGCUCGUGGGGAUUCUUACAAGAAUACCAAUGUCGAUGAACCUUCCAAAUAUGAAUUACCUCCUGAUUUGGCAUUACAAAAGGAAAAAGAAGAAGGCGAUUCUGAAUCAGUGUCCGUUCAAAGUUAUGAAGGAGAAGUAGAAGAAGAAGAAGAAGAAGAUAGACGUACGAGAUAUUCGAGACCUACUAUGGGAGAAUCCAUUGCUGCUGCUGAAGCUGCUGCCGCUGCAUUAAAGGCCGAGUCAUCUACUUUCAAGGCUAAUGCACCACCAGCAACCCAAUUUGGAAUGGGAAAUUAUGAUGAAAAACCAAUUACUCGUGAUCCGUCCUUGGUUACUACCGGAGACUAUACUAAUUUUGAAGUAGAUUCUCCUAGAAACGCCUUACCCCCAACUUCAAACUUGUAUGGUGCCAGAUCUGCUUCUUCUACCAAUUAUCUCCGGUCUAUCUCGAGAUCUAGAUCCAGGGCUAGAACAACUGAGAUUGCCCAUGGACCUAGUUUAGAUGAUAAGAAUGAUGCUAAUCCUCAUCAAUUGCAACAAGAGGGAGCGUUAAUUUCUGAUGAUCCAUAUGCUUCGAUUGACGAGUUAGAUACUAUGGUUGAAGAAGUCUUGCAUGGAAAGCCUGCCAAUGAAGAAGAAGAAGAAAGCAAAAAGGAAAUUUUGGAUAAAGUUGGUGGAAUCGGUUUGGAUGAUGACAAAGAACCUCCCAGUGUAGUUAUUGACGAGCCUGCAAAGGAAGAGAACGACAAAGAAAAAGUAAAAGCAGAGAAGGAGGAAGAACAACAAGUAACAAAAGAAGAAAAGACAGACGAAGAACCAAAAGCAAAAGAAGAAGUCAUUGAACCUGAAUCAAAGGAGGUAGAAGAAGUCAUUGAACCUGAAUCAAAGGAGGCAGAAAAAGUCAUUGAACCUGAAUCAAAGGAGGCAGAAAAAGUCAUUGAACCUGAAUCAAAAGAGGUAGAAGAAGAAGCGGUUCUCGUGGAAAAACCAACCGACUCCGAAAAGGAAAAGGAACACGAAAAUGUUGCCGUUGAGGAAGAAACCGAAUCUAAGACAAAAGAAGUAGAAGUAGCUCCUGUCGCGAAGGAAGAUGAUAUCACUCCAGUUGGAAAUAAAACUGAAGAACCAUUCCCAGUUGAGAAAGAAGUUAAAUCCGAGUCAAAGGAAUUAGAAGUAACCCCUGUUGAAAAAGAAGCCGAAUCAGAACCAAAGGAAGAGCCAGAAGUUGAAACAACAGCACCAAAGGAAUCUCCUGUUGUCGAUGAUGAUUUGGACGAUUUGGAUAUCUCGCCAGAAGAACUCCGUAAACAUCUUGAAUCUUUACCAAUUUAUCUUUUUACUUCGUUAGCUGGUGGGAUGCAAAUAAUGCCCCGUACUAAUAGAUUGGUGACUAUUUUAAAUGCCAAUGGAAUUAAAUUUGAAUAUCGUGAUUUAGGUACCGAUGAAGAGGCUAAAAAGAUUUGGAAGAGACAAGCUGGAGGUAAGACCUUACCUGGUAUUGUUCGUGGAGAUGAUUUCAUUGGAAACUGGCAUGAUAUUGAUGAAGCCAAUGAAGAAUACAAAUUACAUGAAUUGUUGUAUGAAACUCUUUAG